GCAGCAGCAGCUACCACUACCACCACUACUAGUACUACUACUACUCCUCUAAAUACUACACCAUCACCAACCACCACCACCACAAGCACUACCACUCCAGUUCCCUCCACAACUACGAGUUCACCAACAACCCCAGUAAUGGGUAAAACAUCUACAGUGCCCAAUAAGCUGUCCUGGAGGCCGAGUGUAGCACGGCCAGCAGCAGGAGCGGAGGAGGAUGCCAUCAAGGGCGAGGGAAGCGAGGAGCAGGUGAAGGGUCCUGGUGAGAGUCAGCGGGUCUCCAAGCAGGUGACUCACCUGCCCCUCCUCAAACACAUGCCGGCCUCAUCCACGCAAACUGCGGUGGAGAGCGUGGGGCCUCCCAUCAGCCUGUCGGAGAUCAUGCAGGGGCUGGGCAUGACUCUGCCACAGUUCCUGGUGGCACUCAAGGCACAUGGCCUCUCUAUGAAGGAGUUCACCACCAGCCUCCAGGCCAGCGGACUCACUCAACGAGAGUUCAAGAAGACAAAGAACGACAUGGAGUCACUCCUGAGCCUGCUGAAGACAGGCUCCAGCGCGGCAGCCACCGAGGGCGCGGAAGGCAACUCAACAAGUGGGAUGGAAUCGGCGGGGGAGGCGGAAAAAAUACAAGAGAAACGAGUGAGCAUUGUGCCGUAUUGGCUCACCACUAGACCUAGCUGGAGACCAUCCACAACUACCAAAAGGCCACCAACCACAACAUCUACAACAACCACCACCACAGCAACUACCACCACCACAACAACCACCACCACCACCACAACACAGGCCCCAACUCCAGCUCCAAUACCUAAAAUAUUUGGAUUUCGUCCGGGAGGUGCCCAACAAUUUCCUGCAAGACAACACGAGACAGUUUUGAAUGAUACGAGAGAACCAUACAACGGCUCGGGAGAGUCGAAAGAAAAAGGCCCAAUUCCUAUUAAGUUGGACAUGUCAGCCAUCAUGAAGGAAAAGGGUCUGAGUGCAUCAGACAUUCUCCAUGAUUUGGGCUCUCUCUUCACUAUGGCUGACCACGACGUUACGCCAAGUGUCGGACACACUACAGAGAACAAGGAGGCAGAAGGCUUUCAAACGACAGUCCAGGAUACACUGAACAAGGAACCAGGAGACACUGAAACGAUGGUCCAGGAGACACAGACAACAAAUGGCAAUGUGAACAACAAGGAGAGUGGGUGGACGACAGUGUCAUCCGUCACUCUGAGGCCUUACUAUCCGUCGGGCGGAUAUGAGAGGAACCGCCCUCGUCCAUACCGCCCACUGGGAGAGGGCGGCGGCUGGAACGGCGGUUCCCACCGCAGCAUAAUCACCAACAGACACCAAACAACCCAGAGGCCUACACUCCGCCCUCCAUACCGACCACCGCCCAUAAAAGCUUCAGGAGAAAUACCAGGGCUCUCCAUUCUGUACAACUCGACGACCAGUUCAAAUGGUAACGACAUCUCCUUCGAUUUUGCAGAAGGUGGAGUGCCCGUGAGUACCCAGGAGGGCAAUGACAAUCAGGCCCGGUACCCACACAGUGGCUACUACCCAGUCUAUGAUAACGACCCCGAUUCCCUCAACAUGUCGACAAAAAGUGCCAUUAUGGCGGCAUCCAUUCUAGGCGGCGUGGCCAUGUGCGUGUUCCUGGCCAUCUUCGUGGUGGUGAUGUACAAGGGUCAUGGCCGCCUCAGACGCCUGCCCCGCACCCUUUCCAGUGACGCCUCCUCCUCCUCCACUCCGCCCAUAUAUUCCACCAGGAUCAGCGGCGGCAAGGGAGCCCACAAGACCUCAGGUUUCUGGGGAACACUCAAGAAACGUUUUGAUCCUUAUUCUCUCAGUCCCACACCCACAGUCAUGAGCUGAGUGUCCUCCCCUCCCUCACAAUCCUUCCACUUGCACACAGUUAAUAGUGACAUCAGGUGUCAACCCGAAUGACGCGGAGAGCAACGCGGACUCCGUUAUGGGUGGAGAGUCAGGCUGAGAUUGGCUAAGUUGUGCGAGCUCUCGGAAGCUACAAACCUUAAAGCCCAUAACAAAAGGAGUAUGUGUAUGUAUAAGUAGAUAUCAAGCGCAGUGACUUAUGGCCUGCCUCGCGGCAUUAACUGUUAUACAUCUCGCUCGCAGCUCUCAAUAUAAGGCAGGUGAAGGACUGUGAGAAUUACUGUAGUGUGCUGCCGUAUUCGAGGGAAGUGUGUGUACGCGUAAGAGUAAUUAUCAAAAGGCACCAGGCCAGGAAGACUAUGUAGCACUGGUAAGAACAAUGACGUGUACCGUCACGCCAAACAUGACGUUACCAGUGAACACUGGAGAACAUUAAAACCAGGCGUUAAUAACCUGGUUUGUUCUACAAUUAUCAAUCUCCAGUUUGUUUCUCCCGUCAACAGUCAUUCCAGUUACAUUCAACAACGUCAACAGUUACAGUCUGUGUGCUUGUUGAAGCGAUGCAACGGAAACUGCAACACUUGUACUUGUCUAUUUAUGUUAUUUAUCUAUUGUAUAAUGUUUUAUCUGUUCGAGUUCCGUGGUUGUUUCAUUGCUUGUUUUAUUUAUACUCAGUUUGCAUGGCAGCAGUGAAUAUCAGUGAAAAUGUGUGCAUGGCAGAGGCCUAUAACAGUGAAAAUGUGUGCAUGACAGAGGCCUAUAACAGUGAAAAUGUGUGCAUGACAGAGGCCUAUAACAGUGAAAAUGUGUGCAUGACAGAGGCCUAUAACAGUGAAAAUGUGUGCAUGACAGAGGCCUAUAACAGUGAAACGAGUCAUUUGUUUCAGUCCAUUUUGUAAAUACAUCACAAAGGAGCGUCAUGAAGGUACAUCAUAUAGGUGUGUCAUGCAGAGAUAUCAUAUAGGCGUGUCAUGCAGAUACCUCAUACAGGUGUGUCAUGCAGAUACCUCAUACAGGUGUGUCAUGCAGAUACCUCAUAUAGGCGUGUCAUGCAGAUACCUCAUACAGUUGUGUCAUGCAGAUACCUCAUACAGGUGUGUCAUGCAGAUACCUCAUACAGGUGUGUCAUGCAGAUACCUCAUACAGGUGUGUCAUGCAGAUACCUCAUACAGGUGUGUCUUGCAGGUUCAUCAUACAGGUGUCCCAUGCAGAUACGUCAUACAGGUGUGUCAUGCAAAUACAUCAUACAGGUGUGUCGUGCAGAUACUUCAUGCAAGUAUAUCAUGCAGAUACAUCAUGCAGAUGUGUCGUGCAGAUACUUCAUACAGGUGUGUCGUGCAGAUACUUCAUUCAGGUGUGUCGUGCAGAUACUUCAUACAGGUGUGUCAUGCAGAUACUUCAUACAGGUGUGUCGUGCAGAUACUUCAUACAGGUGUGUCGUACAGAUACUUCAUACAGGUGUGUCGUGCAGAUAAUUCAUGCAGGUGUGUCGUGCAGAUACAUCAUGUAGGUGUGUCAUGAAGUUACGUCAUGAUAGUACGUCAUGCAUGUUGGCCAUGCAUAUUUGCCAAGGGUGUGUCAAGCAGGUGUGCCAAGAAUAUGUGAAGCAGGUGUAUACAGGAGAUCUUAUAAAGGUGGACCAGUUCCCCAUCACUCACAAGUAAUAAGGGCCACACUCGCUGCUCCUGUCUGUGUCAAUGGUCUAAAUAUUGUCGUUGAAGUGUACAUGGUUGAGUGGCGAUGAUGACCUGGUUAGUGACGUACACAGUUAACGCCACAUAUAACUACACGCAGACACAGUCGCCAAGGGUGGUCACGGUUUUCAAAGGAGCUGUAGUGUUGUCUAAGGUUACCUGGCUGCCAUUUUAAUUGCCUAUCGCGAUUUGAAUAUAAAAUGGGCACUUUUUCUUGUCAGAGUGUAUAGGUGAAUGGAAGUCACCGACUGCUCUCUUAUGAACCAUUAAUCUGUGCCUUUUAUAAUAGUUCCAUAAACAGUAGCUAUACAUCGUAUAACGGAGCCAUCAAUCACAGACUACAACACUGCUGCUGCCUAAGAGUUUGAUCUUACGGUCAAAAUCAUUUAGUCCAAUAACCGUCAACUCUUUUCUAUGGAAAUCUGGCUCACACGAUACAUAGUUCAGCAAUAUUUAACAAAUGACCAAGCCGAGAGGCGGGCCUGGCCGAGGGGCGGGCCUGGCCGAGAGGCGGGCCUGGCCGAGGGGCGGGCCUGGCCGAGGGGCGGGCCGGGCCGAGGGGCGUACUGGGCCGCCCAAGAGUGUAAUGAGUGAGUGUGCGCUGAGGACGCUAGAGGUUACCCACAUGUCUUGCAAGAUCUAACUUUGAAACUGUCAAAAAAACUUGUUACUUUCUGGACAGUAACCGCUUGUUGGCGAGCAACGUCUGGCGAACGUGCGCCACACCAAGCCACACAUGGGAUGGGCUGGCAUGGAACGCCAGGUGCGCUCAAUGCCCAUCCCGGCGCAAUUUCGCCGGACUUUUCAUAACCCAAAGCAGCAUUAUGGUAGCGGCCUCGGUACAAGGGGUUGUGAGUACACCCUGCUACAAGGGUUGUAAUUUUAAAGUGUUGUUAAUGGUGUAUUUGUUGAUAAGAAUAAAGGUAAUGUAUUCA